AACAAAUGUCAAAACACACCAAAUGCCUCAUCCGUUUAUUUUCAAAAAAUUAAUUUCAUGAAAAAAUAGGAAAAAUACGCACAAAAAUCUUCCAAAAAUAUACUCAAAAUACAUAAAUUUCUUUCAUUUAAUAAAUUCUCUACUAAAACUACAAAAUGCCUAGUGAAAUAAUUACCCUACAACUUGGACAAUGCGGAAAUCAAAUUGGUUUUGAAUUUUGGAAGAGAUUAUGCCUAGAACAUGGAAUCUCACCAAAUGGUGUAUUGGAAGAUUUUGCCACAGAUGGUUUGGAUAGAAAGGAUGUUUUCUUCUAUCAGGCUGACGACGAUCAUUAUAUCCCGAGGGCAGUUCUCCUCGAUCUUGAACCUCGAGUUAUUCACACCAUCAUGAGUUCUCCAUAUGCAAAGUUGUAUAAUCCUGAGAACGUCUAUCUCUCCAAACACGGCGGUGGAGCAGGUAAUAACUGGGCAUCUGGUUAUAGUCAAGGUGACAAACUGCAAGAAGAAGUUUUCGAUAUAAUCGAUCGGGAAGCCGAUGGUAGUGACAGUUUGGAAGGAUUUGUCCUUUGCCAUUCGAUUGCCGGAGGAACUGGUUCCGGCAUGGGUUCGUACAUUAUGGAACGACUGUCGGAUCGUUUCCCCAAGAAACUCAUUCAAACGUACAGCGUCUUCCCGAACCAAGAUGAAAUUAGUGAUGUAGUCGUGCAGCCUUACAACUCUCUGCUGACUCUGAGACGCUUGACUAGUUGUGCCGAUUGCGUUGUGGUGUUGGACAACACUGCACUAAAUCGCAUUGCAACCGAUCGACUGCACAUCCAGAAUCCCAGCUUUACCCAAAUCAACACUUUGGUGUCGACAAUUAUGUCGGUGAGCACGACAACUCUGCGAUAUCCAUCGUACAUGAAUAAUAAUCUCAUUGGACUGACGGCUCCCCUGAUUCCAACGCCCCAAUUGCACUUCCUUAUGACUGGGUACACUCCUUUGACUACGGACAAUGACCAAACAAUGAAUAUUAGAAAGACAACAGUUUUGGACGUGAUGAGGCGUCUUUUGCAGCCAAAGAAUAUGAUGGUAUCGACUGGACCGGACAAGACAAAUCACCAUUGUUACAUAUCAAUCUUAAAUAUCAUUCAGGGUGAAGUAGAUCCAACUCAAGUCCACAAAUCACUCCAACGAAUUCGGGAGCGUAAACUUGCCCAAUUUAUCCCCUGGGGGCCGACAAGCAUCCAAGUGGCUCUUUCUCGCAGCAGCCCGUAUGUUCAGAGCAGCCAUAGAGUAUCUGGCUUGAUGUUGGCCAAUCACACUAGCAUCUGUUCGCUGUUUGAACGCGUUCUGAGUCAAUAUGAUAAGCUGAAGAAACGUGGAGCGUUUUUGGAUCAAUUCAAACGUGAAGACAUUUUCAAAGAUGAUCUUUCUGAAUUGGAUGAUUCUCGCGAUGUUGUUGAUUGCCUAGUGCAGGAAUAUGAAGCAGCUACACAGCCCAAUUAUCUUCAUUGGUCAGCAAAGAAGCCACAGGAGUAGACAAAAUUCUAUUCCCUGACUUGCACUUUUAAGUAUUUUUUUAAUAACAAUUUAUGUUUUGGCUCUCUAAGUUUUGUUCAUUUGUUCUUAUGUCCCUCGUUUCAUUAAAAAAAAAUCACAUUUUAUCGUUA